AUGAGCUUCAUUCAGCGCAUCACGAAACGGCUGCCCAGCGCGCCGAGCCUCCCCAUCGACGAUGCCUCCCGCGAGAAGGGCCACACUUCCUCCCGGUUCGCUUUCUUCCGCCGGCGCAUCCGCUUGAAGGGCAAUUCGUCUAUUUCCAUACCCCUGGGAUUUGUUUUACUAUUUCCAUGUCUUGUAAUUGUCUUCAUUCUACUUCUUUUCGUCCGACAUCCUUCAACUCCCGGGGGUAUUCUAAUUCCAGCUGGCACUCCGCCAUCUAUCCGAAAAAUCAGCGAAAAGCAUGACAAAGUCUUCGCCACGGGCUGUAUGCCCAUCGACCCCGAUGGACCUAAGGGACCUCGCGCCAAUGCCGCGUUCGUUGUUCUCGCAAGGAACAAGGAGCUGGAUGGUGUCAUUCAGUCUCUGAAGUCGAUCGAACGCCAUUUCAACCGUUGGUUCCACUAUCCUUACGUCUUCUUGAAUGACGGGGAUUUCGACGAGGACUUCCGGGCGACGGUCAAAAACUAUACCAGCGCCCCCGUGGAAUUCGGCAAGAUUGAUAAUUCUAUGUGGGGAUUCCCCGACUGGGUCGACCAUGAGGUUGCCAAGGAAGGUAUCCGGAAGCAGGGUGAUGCGGCCAUCAUGUAUGGCGGUAUGGAAAGCUAUCACCACAUGUGUCGCUUCUAUUCAGGCUUUUUCUACAAGCACCCUCUCCUGGCGAAAUACGAGUGGUACUGGCGUCUGGAGCCCGAGAUCAAGUAUUUCUGUGAUAUCACCUAUGAUCCCUUUAUGAAGAUGAUUGAGGCAAACAAGACAUACGGCUUCACUAUUGCAGUGAAGGAACUCCGCGAAACGGUCCCCAACAUUUUCCGGUAUGCGUCGGCCUAUAAGCGCAAGAACAACCUCCCGUCGAAGGGCCUGUGGGAGAUGUUUUUGGAGCGUCCGCCCGCGGAGGAGACCCCACCCGAAGGAGAGAAGAAGCCGGAGAAGCUUCCCGAGGAGAUUCUCCAAUCCGAACCGGGCGACAACGGUCUCGAUGACAUUGAUCCCGAGGCGAUGGAAGGGGAGAGCUACAACAUGUGCCAUUUCUGGAGUAACUUCGAAAUCGCGCGCUUGGAUUGGUUCCGCAGCAAGGAGUAUGAAGAUUUCUUCAACAUGAUGGACCGGAGUGGUGGCUUUUGGAAUGAACGAUGGGGUGACGCCCCUAUUCACUCCCUCGCCGCUGGUGCCCUCCUCUCGACUAAUGAUAUUCACUACUUCCGUGACUUUGGCUACCGGCACACCACCAUCCAACAUUGUCCGGCCAACGCUCCUGCUCGCCAGCUUCCUCGUGAGCCCUAUCUCGAAAAAACCACUGAAGAUGAGAAGAAGCGGAUCGAAGAGGAUGAGUACUGGGCCACUCCUGAUCCGGUCAAGGAGAACGGCGUUGGCUGCCGAUGCCGUUGCGAUACCGACAUCGUGGAUGUUGAAGGCAAGCAGGGCAGCUGUCUUGCAGAGUGGGUUGAGGUAGCUGGCGGUUGGGCCUCCCCAUAA